AUGACAAUCCCCUUCCCUAUCCUCCUCGACUACCGCCCCUCCAUCCGCCGCUUCACCCCCUCCCGCAAAUUCCUCGCCUUCACCACAGCGGCGGCUUCCAAGAAACUCGACCCGUGCCAAUUGGCUGCGGUGUUCGACCAACUCCUCCCCGUGGCGCCUGAGACAUUAACCCGCGGGUCGGGGGAAUGGCGCGGCAUUGCGCUGAACACGGGCCAUAAGUUCAUGGAGCAGUUGGAGGGGUUGCAUUGGCGGGGCGCCGUGUUUCACUCGACGGAGGACGUUGAGCCUGUUGUUGUUGAGAAGGGGGAUGGAGAAAAGGCUGGGACUGACUUUGGGGGUGCUUGCCUCCGUCGCAUGGAAUACAAAACUCUCAUCUCCACCGCUAUGAUCUUCGACGAUCUCCCUGCGAUCACUUACUUCCGCGCCGUCAAUGAUCGCAUGAUCGCGGGUGUGAUGGAGAGCAAGGAUUUCGGAAAGGAGGGUGCUUUUUACUUUUAUCUUGUGCGGUGA